AAAGUAAACGAUACGGGGGUUGGGGGGUGAGAGCGUCAGUAGGGACAAAGAUACUUGUUUGGGAGGAGAGUCGUGACGUCAUAGCUUGGGUUUCAGCACGAGCGAAUUCCAGACGGGCCAGGCUGUAUGGCGAGCGUGCUGGGAUGAGACGCUGAUUCGCUUGUCCAGUGCCUGUUUUGUACGCCACGUAGAGUAGGCUUAGGCCUAGUUACUCCACUAUUCCUGGUUGCUCGCCGAAGUUGUGACCAUGGGGAACGAGGGUGAAAAUCAGAACCAAACCAACGCCGAAUCCAAGGAAGAAAAGCCGGAGGAGAAGAAGGAAGAGAAGCCUCUGAAAGAAGAGGAGAAGAAGAAGGACGAGAAAGAGAAGCCGAAGAAGGAAGAGAAAGACAAGAAAGAAACCAAGUCUCAAGCUAUCAAGCCAGCUGUGCAUAAGGAAGACUAUGAAGAGGACGUGGUGUAUUUGUACCAAUUCUCCCGCACACCCGUGAUUCCAUCGUUGAGUCCAUUCUGUCUGAAAGUCGAAACUUGGCUGAGGAUGGCUGGAUUGAAGUAUCAGAACGUGGAUCACAAGAUGAAGUUACGGAGCAAGAAGGGUCAGCUCCCCUUUGUGGAAUUCAAUGGGCAAGAAAUUGCUGAUUCCGCAUUGAUCAUCAAGGAAUUAGGGAAAAAGUUCAACAAAGAUCUGGACACCGAUGCAGGGCUGGAGUCCACGCAAAAAUGUACAGCGCACACAACCAUCGCUAUGAUUGAGAACCAUCUGUUCUGGGUUCUGUACUGGUGGAGGAGCAAAAAUCCUGGCCAACUGCUCAAAGGAAGCAAAUUCAACCUGCAGCAGGCUCUAGGAUCCAAAAUGCCCAAUGGCCUCCUCUCAUUUGUCUUCAAAUGGAAAUUCAGACAGGGUCAGAAGAGAGUGAGAGCUCAUGGCCUUGGUGUUCACACAUCAAAGGAAAUUGAGGAGUUUGGCCAAUCUGACCUACAGGUGCUUUCUGAUCUUCUGGGGGAGAAGGACUUCUUUUUUGGUGACAAGCCUGCCUUGCUGGAUGUUGUGGCUUUCUCCGUGCUGGCACAGUUUCUGUUUUUUGACAAGGACACACCGUUCCCCCUGCGUACUUGGUUGGAAGAGAAUACUCCGAAUCUUCAAGCCUUUGUGAAUAGAAUGAAAGACAGGUAUUAUCCAGAUUGGGAUGAAAUGUGCAAGACGCUUGAUCUGAAUACACACCUUCCAAAACCCCCUCCAGAGGAAAAGGAAGAAAAGGAGGAUAAGGAUAAGAAAGAGGAGAAGAAAGAAGAGAAGGCCGACGAGAAGGAAGAAGAAAAGAAAGAAGAAGAGAAGAAAGAAUAAGCAGACAUGUCCCAAAUAGAGGUUAUAUCUGUGUAUGCACCUCAGUGACUCAUUCUAAGAGAAAUUAAGCUGUGAGGAAGGAACUGGUUUCCCAGGUUCCCAGACCUGAGGUGACGUUCAAGGAAAUCAAAAACUGAAUUCAAGUUGACAGGGAUCAGCCAUGACAGUGUUGUGUGCAUGUGUAUAGUGCUCUGAUGAGGUUAUUGUGAGACUGCUUCAUUGAAGUCAUCUUGCAUUUCCCUGUGUUCUGAGCUCCCUUUUUCUUUUUUUUUUUUUUUUUUUUUUUUUAGGGCAUUAGGACAAAUACCAGAUUUUCUCACUAAGGGGGAACUUUUCAUGAUCUUGUGUUCAUAUUAGAAUCUCCAGCCCUUGUUCUUGCAGGAAUGCAGGAUGUGCAAAGAAUACUCACCUCCUUGGAGGGCAGACUUCUAUAACCUUCACGCAUUUGUUUUUCAUUCCACUUGAUGGCAUUUGGACAAGUUAUUUGAAAGCUGUUCUGACUUUUCCUUGUUUGUUAAUUCUUUUGUGGCCCAAAGACAAAUUAGGAAUGAAAUUUGCAGGAUUUUAUUUUUUAAAGUAUAUGGGGCUCAGUGUUUUGUGUACAGAUAUUAGGACUAAGUUUUCCAAGUUUUUGUCAUGCAGUGUUCUCCAGAUGAAAUUUUGACCCUUAGAGGAUGGAAGUGCUUGUGAUAGCAGGCACAAGGGGAAGACAAGUAACAGUGAGAAUUUAUCUUGAAGUGUGUCUUCCAUAUUGGAGAUUUUUGCAUAGAUUUGUCUCAUGCACAAUGUUAACCCAAGAUCAAUUGCAGAACUCAAUCAACCUUCAGUUAACUGAUCUGGCUAAAGUUUCUAAAAGGAUGAGAGUACAAAAUUCGUGGAAGUUUGAGGUUUUCUUCUGGGGACACUGUGUGAUUGACUUAUUUUCUUUGUUUUGUCCUCUAUGCAGUUGCCUUUGUUUGGUGGUGACAUUGAUGUGACUUUUUAGCUGCAUUUGAUUUUGGUUUGCUCAUUGUUGUAGUCAGAAAAAGGAACAUUUUGAGGUGAUUCGUGCUUACCAGAUUGCUCAAACUUUUCAUUUCUUCCCUUUCUAUGGGAGAGAAUCUUUCAUCCCCCUCUCUUACAUUGAUACAUAGUUUCAGUAGGAUGCAAUUUCUUGCCAAAGUUUCUAAUCAAGUACAAUAUCCACCUUUCUUGAGCAACUCAAGGCACAAUCUCAGACAGGAAAUAACUGUGAUUGCCUCUUUUUAUGUGAAACAAAACCAUACUCAUUCUAGUAGGCAGGAAUCUCAGCCCCUGCAAGUUUAGUGGCAAAGAUCUGGUCUCAUGAAAAAAGACAAUGGGGUUGUCAUGGUUAUGGGAAAGGGCAUCAUGGGGGAAAGUUGAGUACAUCAGACCCAGAAAGCUUAGGUCAGAAAAUCCAUGUUUGAAUGUGAUAAUGAAAAUCUCUUUGAAGGGUGGUAAUCUCAUUGUACUGUUGGGUUUAAUUUCUUAUUACUCUGGUCUCUGCAAAAAUGUCGCCACCAUUUAGCUGGUCGUGACAGCAGUGUGUGCAGCUUACGCUUGUUGUGCUAUGAUGUUGCAUAGGUGUGUAUCAUUCAGAUCCACAGCACUGUGUGAUUUUUGUCGACUGCCAUUUUUACAUGCCGGAGUUUUUCAUACUUUCCUUUUGCAUUUUUCUUACACUGCUGCUGUGAAUUAGAGAAGCAGGGAGGUGGAAAGAAUCAUCCCCGCUAGCAUUUGUCUCAUAUAAUGGCCGAGUUGUCGCUAGUGAUGCGAUUUCUUAAAAGAAUUGAUUAAACGUAAGCUGAGCCUGCCAAUGUUGUGCUGACACACCCUUUCUAUGUCUCUUCCUUCUGCACUAUUCAUUUGAAUCUCAGAUGUAGCAAAAGCCAACUUUUGGGAUUUGCUUGGUUUGAUGCUAGUGUACAUAUCAAGACAGGAAUCACCACAUGUAUUGAUGGGACAUGCCUGUAGUAGUGUACUGAUUCUGGACUCUUCAAUAAAUGUCUUCUACUUACAUAA